AUGGAGAAGCAAAGCGACUCAAACCCACCUUCGGCUGCCCACUCUAUAGAUGUGCUGCCAGCUGCACCCGUGGAAGACGAAGAAAAUCAUGACAACGGGCCCCCAGAUGGCGGUUUCAAAGCGUGGGCAGUUGUCGCGGGUGGUCUGAUCAACUACUGUGCUACUUUUGCAUUUUGGAUUUUCCUUUUGUCGUCCAAAAUUCUAGGAUUGUUGAACUCAUUCGGAACAUUCCAGACCUAUUACCAGAACGAUCUUCUCAAGGGGACAAGUCCGAGUGCAAUCUCAUGGAUAGGCUCGAUCCAGCUCUUCCUCUUGUUCAUUGCUGGAUUAGCCAUGGGCCCGGCGUUUGACAAAUUCGGUGCUCGUCGCAUGACAGUUCCUGGGAUGAUACUUUACGUCCUCUCUCUCAUGCUGACAAGUUUUUGCACCAAAUAUUAUCAAAUUUUCUUGUCGCAGGGGAUACUAUUUGGCAUAGCGGAUGCUAUGGUGUUCUAUCCGACCAUUUCUGCCAUUAACAUGUGGUUCGAUAAGAAGCGAGGAAUUGCACUUGGUAUUGUCGUUGCCGGAUCCUCGAUUGGCGACAUAAUAUGGCCAAUCUUGGUACACUACUUGCUUGGACAGGUUGGGUUCCCGUGGACACUUCGCAUCGUAGGCUUCAUUUGCCUAGGUAUGAUGCUCAUCUCUACCGUUUUGAUCGUGGAAAGACGUGGAAAUGGAACACAGGAUAGACAUAUUGAUAAGAAAAUUCUCAAAAAGGAACUUCUAAGCCCUAUAUAUACUAUGGUCACGGCGGGGUUUACUUUUGCUUAUCUGGGAAUGUUCAUCCCCUUUUAUUAUCUUCCGCAAUAUGGAAUGGCAUACGGCAUGAGUUCUACCAUGGGCAACUAUCUCCUGGCCAUUUUGAACGCCGGUUCAUUCUUUGGUAGAAUAAUAUCAGGAUUUCUAGCCGAUAAAAUUGGCGGGUUUAACAUGACGGUCGCGACCUCUUUACUUUCAAGCAUCGUGCUCUUAACUCUACUGUCCGCCAAGACCGAAGCAUCGAUCAUCGCAUUUUCUGCAAUUUACGGCCUUUUUUCCGGUGGCCUCAUAUCCUUGCAAGCGGCUACUGUAGCCCGACUGACCGUUAAUAUCAACACUUACGGCACGAUGAUAGGAGUACAAAUGGCCGUUAAUUCCAUAGGUGUCUUGAUUGGCAAUCCGAUUGCUGGAGCUUUGGUGCAACAUGAAGAUGGGGGUUUCAACGGUAUGAUCAUUUUUGCUGGAGUUACCUUGCUAUUUGGCUCGGUGCUUUUUAUAGUAUCUCGUAUCACUGCAGCCCCAAAGAUUAAAGCAUUUUAA